CACCUGCAGCAUAUGGAGGUUUCCAGGCUAGGGGUCCAAUUGGAGCUGCGGCUACUAGCCUAUGCCACAGCCACAGCAACGCUGGAUCUGAGCCGUGUCUGUGACCUACACCACAGCUCACGGCAAUGCCAGAUCCUUAACCCAUUGAGCAAGGCCUGGGAUUGAAUCUGCGUCCUCAUGGACACUAGUUGGGUUGGUUAACCACUGAGCCAUGAUGGGAACUCCUGUUAUCUUCUUUAGAGUAAGACAAACAGUCAAAACUUUAAAAAAUGGUUUGAGUAAAAGACUUGCCUUGUUAGUAGCUUGAUUUUGUAAAAAGAUGCGAGUGAUCUGUACAUAAUUUUAAAGUCAUCAAAAAUGUGAUAAAAAUGGAGAAGCAUACUGGAUAUGCUAGAUUGGAGAGGAGGAAUUCUCUUUUUAUGGUGAGACAGAAGAAACCAGUACCUUAAAAUGGCAACUAGAUAGUAUUUCUUCUUUAUUUUUGUUUAUAUUUCUUUGAUGCUAAUAUUUGAUGAAUAGGGGCUAGAGAAUAGAUGCAGAUUUUUGAAUCAGGGUUUUUGGAUGGUCUUAGAUACCUAUCACCCCAAGGAACAUGAUAUCUAUAAAAUAUCAAAUCUCAAUGUCAUUGGGAAAUGAUGCCAGAUUGCCACCAAAUGAUACCAGAGAAAGUUCUGCUCACUCACUGUACUUGCUCAAUGGGAAUAUUAGUCAAUGUUUAGGGAAAAUGCAUAGUUUUGAAUAUAGAUCCCCAUUCAACAGAGAUACGUGUUCAGCUAAAAAUCUUGUGAUACAGUCAAUCAUUAUUUUUUCUCUUCAUAACAAUUGAUGAUCACAUACCUCUUCUCAACAUCUAUGCAAGUCUAUGGAAAGACUGCAAGAGAUACAAUGCAUACACUUCUUAGCUACAUUCACCAUGUUCCAUGUGCAUACUAGAUUUUAUAAAAGAGGAUGGGUGUAGUGUACUACUGGAGAGAACUUUUCCAAACUAUGGCAAUGUUCCUCUAGGUGAAACCAAAAAUGCUUUUGCUAUGAUGAUACUUUCCAAUAUAUCAAUCAAUCUCUCAGAAACAAAUAUUCCAAGUAAAUAUAUCUCUUCAUUUAUCAGUUGACACUAUUAUGAAGUUACCAUUAUAAUUAAUUAAAAAUCAGCAUAAACACUUUAAGAGCUGUUUGCUAUUGAACAUUUCUAAAGGCAGCAAUAAUAUUCUCAGGCUGUAUCUACUUCUUUAAAACAAAUACAUAGGGCUUUUAAGACAGGUCUAUUCUUAGAAGAGUUUUGCAGGUAAUUUCUCAAAGCAAGGAAGAAUUUGGGUUCUUAUGAUAAGCAAUGCAAAAAUACUCUGUAGAAAUUCUGGGAUGAAGAAAAGUAUCAAUUACAAACAAGAAGUGCAAAAUGUUUUUUUGAAGAGUUUAGCUUCUGUUGAAGUUCAUAUGGAGUUGUCUUUUUGGUUUAAACUGUCAUUAAAGUAAAUAAUUUGUUAUCCAAGAAUUGGUCUUAGGUAGUGGCACUGUCACUGGAGAUGGAGAUUUUUUUUUUUUUUUUUUUUUUUUUUUUUGCUUUUCUGUCUUUCUAGGGCCACAUCCGUGGCUUAUGGAGGUUCCGAGACUAGGGGUCCAAUUGGAGCUAUAGCUGCUGGCCUACACCACAGCCAUAGCAACUUGGGAUCCAAGCCGCAUCUGUGACCUACACUACAACUCAUGGCAACGCUGGAUUCUUAACCCACUGAGUAAGGCCAGGGAUCGAACCCGUGUCUUCAUGGAUGCUAGUUGGGUUCGUUAACCACUAAGACAUGAUGGGAACUCCGAGAUGGAGAUACUUUAAUGUGGCUUAAAAAUGACGGUGAAUUUGAUUAUUGUUGGAGAUAGACGUUGCAAGCGCCAAGUCUGGCAGGUGCACAGAUGGGGGAAAAAACAAAAGGGAAGGGCCCUGUAUAUUUCAGAAUAAAAUCCAUGAUAUUCUUUGUCCUAAAAGCAAAAUUUUCAUUAUUAAUUGGAAAUAACAUGCCUCGCCUCUUCAAUAUGCUACGUUAGGAAACAUUUAAAGAAAACAAUGUUAGUGGCUUUUAUUUGACUUAGGACAGAACUGUUAGCCACAAGUAUUUAAUAACCAUUCACACUGAGCACAAAAUAAUUCUUUUUGUUUCAUGAUACUUAGGUAGACCACUUUUACAGUUAAAGGGCUUAAUUAGUUUGCUCAUUUGUUCAUUCUAUCAGCAAAUGUUUGGUAUGCCUACUAUGUGCUGGGUUAUUUGGGAUACAGCAGUGAAUGUGGCAACAUGGUUUCCACAUGCUCUGAUUAUGGAAAUCUUCACAGAAGGGCUGAUUAUUAGUGAUUUGAACCUUUACAGUGUUUAUGUUGUUUAACAUGGUAUUUUCUCCUUAUUUCCAAUUAAAAGAAAAGGACCAGAAAAAAAAUCUUUUUCCUACUUAAAAAAGUUCAUUUAGUGUCUAUAAGAUAGGAGACAAUUUCAGAGACCAAAUGAUCAAAUAAGCAGAUUGGAAUAUACAUUUUAGUGCAAAUACUUUAACUUUCUUUAAGAGAUGUUGAGAUUUCUGUUCUAAACUACUGAUAUCAGACAAAAAGCUCAUAUACUGAUAGUUUGGUCCUUUAGAAUAGGGUCAGUUGAAAGUCCCUAAGGAAGAUAUUAGAGCAAAAUUUGUAUUAUAGCUUCCUAACUAUCUGGGGUGAAAGUUCAAGGUAUUUCUGUCUAAUCUGUCUAACAAAGAUAGUCAAUCACUGGAGGCUACAGCUAAGAGUGACAGUACUGUGCUUUUCACCUGGGUUGAGGAGACUGUAUAAUGGCAUUAAUCAUAACAACAAUGUCAUUUAUAUACCUAGUUAUAUACCUGGCUAUAUAACUAGAUUACCAGCUACUCAUUUGAUCCUAUGAUGACCCUACUUGAUAGGAAAGGCAGGUAUUCCCUGUUCAGCAGAUGGAAGAAGUAGGUUUUAGAUGUUCAGGGAAUCAGCCUAACUAAUGUGCUCUCUAAUGCAGUUUCAUAAAGUAAUUUCUCAAAUGAAGGACUAGAAAAAUUCUGAGUUUUCAACAUAAGUAACUCACAGUUCCAACUACUGUUUGAAGAUGGAAGCAGCCAACUGGAAACUCUGCUGAUAGCAGAGUUUCAGGCCUCCCACACCCCAUCCUCUUCUUGCCUCCAUUUCCCUUUUACAUAGUUGUCCAAUUCUUUCCUCUCACUCUCAAAAAAAUCAGUUUAGCUAUACUAAAAGAGGUGCUACUGCUUUUUUCUUCUUUUUAGGAAGGAAACAGUAUAGUAUAAUAGUAUACUCACCUACAUGGGAAUGCAAAUGGAAAUUUACAUUUCUGGUUAGUGCCACCAGCCUGGCAACAUAAAAAGCUGUCAAAUCAGAUUAGAUCAAUUGUGCACCCAGCCCAGAUACUGCUACUGGUAGAAGCAUAAGUGGACCCUUGAGAGGAACAGUUUAUCACAGGUAAGAGAAAAUAUUACAGGAAACAUAUCUCUAUGGGGGAAAAUGGUAAGCUGAGAUAUAUAUCUGUUAAGAUAUAUAGUUAGCUGAGAGCUUUAUAAAGAUAGGAGGAGCUGAAAAGAGCAGUCUUGAGUGAGUGAAGAAGGUUUUUCCAGUGGAUUUUAAGAGAGUAAACUGAACUGCUGGUAAUUGAGAUUCUGAAGGCACCAAUGUGUAGGGUAUCAUUCAUAGCUAGUACUGUUUGUUACUACUAAUGAACGUGACUUUAUUUCUUUCUUAUAUUUUUCCUGGAAUUUACUGUGUAUCUAUUUAAAGUUUAUUGUAAUUGUUUGGAGGCUACUUUUCUCUCAUGGCUUGGAAGGAAUGUCCUAGAUCUCCCUGAUGGAUCUGGGUCAGACUCUUUGACUAGGAAAGUAGAAUUCAGGGGAGGAUAGCAAUGUGGAUAAAGAGGCUGCUUCUGCGCUUCUUCUAGAAGCUGCUGCUCCAAGCACUGAAACAGAAAGAGACAGAGGCAGCUGCCUCUGAGCUAUGUAUUAAACUGCCAGGUUAUGACUUGGGACACUAACUCCUUGGUUUUCAGCUGCUCUGAACAUCUUUACACAUAGUUAUUUUAAGAACUUUUGCAUUUGAUCAGGGAGCAUGUGGGGUUAAGCCUUGUGUUUUCCAUUUCAGUUUUAGAUCCUAAGCAGGUGCAGUUAGUAGUUCAGAAUUUAAAAAAUUAUUAAUGUAUCCCUCCCCAACCAAUGCAAAAACAACUUUAUAUUAGGGGAAAAAUUAAUUGAGAUGGAGACUUGCUUCUCAAAUAAAAUUAAAAGUAGUUAGAACUUGAAUUUUUAAAAAAAAAUCACUAACAUUUUCCAUUAUAAUUCUUAUUUGACAAGUUCUGGUUAAAAAUAUGAAAGAAUAAAUAAAGUCACUUGGCUAGAAUUAGGACAAUAUAUAACUACUUGUGCUGAUGCCCAUUAACCUAACCCUAUAUUCUACUUAUUACAUUUGAAAUACUUCUGACAGGGACACUUUUGUAUAUUAGGGACAUUCAGGAUUAUCUGACAAUAUCAAAUAGUGAUUUACCACUUGAACUUUGAUAAUUAGUGAAAGGUAUCCUCUAAGACUCACCUCACUCCUUGAAGGGAUAGAAUUAAAACAAAAGUGAAGGCAAUAUAAAACAAAAAUUCUUUCUUUUCAAAACGUUUCAAGCUACGUACUUGCAAAUUCCCCUAAAAUUUAUACAGGUCAUCCUUGGUCUGUUCAAAUUCUUUAUCUCUAAUGGCCCACCACACACCCAUGAAUCCAAACCAGAGUUGUCCAUUCUCUUAGUUUAAAAGAUAACAUCUGUACUCUUCAGGAGAUUCUACAAAGGACGAGUGCUGGAAUUUGCUGCUUGGAUCCAACUCUGGAAAAAUAAAGCAGACAGGGUAACCAACUGUCCAAGUGCACCUGGGAUUGAAGGAUUUCCCAGGAUUCAGGACUUUUGGUGCUAAAAUCAGGACUGUCUUGGGAAAAUUGGGGCAGUGUGUCACCCUAGAUGGAGAAUAAACACCUGAAAUGAUCAAAUUAUACAGGUUUAUUGCUGUAGAGGAGUGAGGUAUAGAAACCAGAUGCCCUAAUUCUCAGUCUGCUACACUGUAUAUAUGGCAGACUCCUUGUUUAGGGAGAUGGGGGAAAAGGUUCGUUCACAAGAUUCAUCUGUUUAUGGAGUUCCACACUUCCUAACACAAGAGAAGAUCUGAAGGGACAAUAACAAAUGAUGAUCAUUUGCCAUCUUGAAGCUUGGGAAGUUCAAGCUUCCCAAUGGAUUGGCCCAGCUUCUCACUGAAGACAACCAAAACCAAGACCCAAGAGUAUACAGGUAUUCCAUUGUUACAUCUUUUUUUUUUAAGACUUUACAAGGGCAACGUGUAUGUGCUCACACAAAUUCAAGGGGAAAAAGUGCAUUGAGCAUACACUUCCACCAAAUCCUUGCUUCUCAAAGCUUAGUUGGCAGGUCAAGAGAUUACUUUGGGGUGUGUUAGAAGCCCAGAAUCUCAAGCUCCAUCCUAGAAUCAAAACCUGGAUUUGGAUAGAAGAUCCUAUGUAAAAGGCACACUAAACUGUGCUUGCCAACUACCUGCUGCAUAGGACAUAAUUUUGUUAUAGUCAAUCCAUUGUUUUUUUCUCCUUUUUUUUUUUGGUCUUUUUAGGGUCACAACUGAGUCAUAUGGAGGUUCCCAGGCUAGAGGUUGAAUUGGAGCUGCAGCUGCCGGCCUAGGCCACAGCCACAGCAACACAAGAUCCAAUCGGCACCUGUGGCCUACACCACAGCUUGUGGCAAUGCUGGAACCUUAACCCAUUGAGUGAGGCCAAGGAUCGAACCCUCAUGCUCAUGGAUACUAGUUGGGUUCGUUACCACGGAGCCUCGAUGGGAACCCUAGUCAAUCCAUUGUUGACUGCAAUAAAAAUGAAUCACUAGAAUGAUGAAAAUUUGCUGAGAUACUGCAGCAAGGCAAAGUUGCUAUAAAAGUUCCUAAAUACCUACUUUGAAUUUCUGACUUAUCCUGCAGCAGAUAAGUAACAGUUUACAGGCUGGCACAGGUCCGCAGAUCACACUCUAAGCAGCCUUGCACUAAAUGACAUAAGCAGCUUCACACUGCUGGUCAACACCUAAAGAGACCAAUGAACAUUCUGUAUACAUCAUUACUUGGUCAAGAUGAACUAUACAUUGCAGAGCUGGUCCCUGUAAAAAGGAUCACACUUCAACGUGGAGCCCAAAGAAAAGCCAUACUUUGUGGGGCUGAUUCUCAUAAUAGAAUGUCUAUAUGGCCCAAAUCUCACUAAAUACUGAUCAAAGGUAUUGAUACUGGUGGGAAGUAGUGUAUAAAAUCAGGUCUGAGUUAUGAAAGUGGAGAAGGGCAAAUUUUGUUGGUAGAGACUACAUGGAAGUUUUAUUUUUUUUCUGUUUCGAAGGUGGUUGGGGGAGAAAUAGAAAUGCUGGAUAUGAACUCUUGCAGCACCAGUUUUCAAGUUCCCAGAGGUCUAUUUUUAACUUGAUUUAUUUUGGGGUUGGCUCUACAUUAGAUGACACGUCCCAAUCUUUUCCUCUCCAAACCAGAGUAAAAAUGGCUACUGCUAUGAAUGUGUCUCCCCAAGAUUCAUACUGAAGUCCUAGCCCCCAAAGGUGACGGUAUUAGUAGAUGGGCCCUUUGGGAGGUGCUUAAGUCAUGAGAGUGAAGCCUUCAUGAAUGUCCUUAUAAAAAAGGUCCUAGAAAACGCCUAGCCCCUUCUACCAUGUGAGAAUAUAAGUCUGUGACCUAGAAGACAGCCCUCACUUAACCAUGCUGGCAGCCUGAUUUCAGACUUCUAGCCUACAAAAAUAUAAGCAAAACAUAUCUGCUGUUUAUAAGCUACUCAAUCAGUAGCUAAAACCACUUAGUUGUAUCUUAGCUGUGGUUAAGAUAGUUUUGAAAACUUUAAAGGGUGGGUAUGAGAAGAGAAGUUACUAGGGACUCCAUUCUAGAUUUGGUUGUGGUAAGAGAGAGUCAUAAAAAAUCAUACUUGCAAAUGUAGAUUGCAGUGUCUAUCUCUUCCUUCAAUGAUACUUGAAUUUUGAUGCUCUAAUCUCAUAACUAUCACCAACCUCAAAAUGUUAAGUAACAAUAUUUAUAGAAGCUUCACCUAAUUGCCCAAAACUGGGAAUAACAGAAAUGCCCUUCAACUCAUGAAUGGACAAUCAUAUGUUAUACAUUGUAUAGUAAUCCAUAUAAAGAAUUAGUAAUUGGUAUUAUUGAUAUGUACAACAAUGAAGAUGAACUUCAAAUGCAUAAUUAUGCUAAGUUAAAAAACCUAUACUCAAAAAAAGCUAAAUACUGAAUAGGUCAAUUUAUGUGACAUUGUGAAAAUGAAAAACUAAAGGGACACAAAACAGGUCAAUGGUUGCCAGCAGUUGGGACUAAGGGGAGGGGUCAGCUACGGAGGGGUCAGCUACAAAGUGGUGAGAGGAAACUUUGGGAUUGCUUUUUAUUUUUAUUGCAAUGGUGGUUACAUGAUUGUCCAGCAUAUUCUGCGCUGAUGUACUGGAGUUCUUGUAUAGAUUUUCAGUGGAAAAAAAAAAAGAAAUUUUAAGGUACUCAAAUAGACAAAGGAAAAAGAAUCUUUAAAAAAUAACUGAUGUGGUCCACUCCCCUCAUUUUAAAGAUGAAGAACUUAGGCCCAAGGAAGUUUUCCCAAGGUCUUAGAACUAGUCAGUGGCAGAGAAAUAUACCUUUUUUUCUGAGAUAUUCUAAUUCUGUGUGAUCUUCAAAAAGUUACUUAACCUCUCAAAGCUUUAAGUUUCCUCAAUCAUAAAAUGGAGAUAAUAAGUGUACUUGUGUUUUGGGGAGCAAUAAAUGAGAAAUAUAAAGUGUUAAGUACAGUUAGUGGCAAAUAAUAAGUGCUCAAUAAUUAGCUAUUAUUAUCAUUAUUAAUAAUUAGAAAAAAUCCUAGCAUGGUGUUAAAGAUUGGUCUAACAAAACUUAGUCUUGAAAAUGUCAUAUGCUAGGUCUUUCUGAGAAGCUGAUAAAUGUUACAAGACCCAGAAUAUAUAUAGACAAAAACCUUUGCAUCUUUUGGAGAGAAUUAAGAAGUCUUGGGCUUAAACUAUCAUCUAGAAACCAAGGAAACUGGCAUUUGAGUGAUAUGUUUUCUUUGGAAUCCUAAGAACCACCACUUUAGACACUACAUGCCCACAGAUAGGUAUGAAUUUAAAACGCCAAAUUUUGUGGGUUUGGCAUUAAAAAAUACCAGAAAGUUGAUUAUUAAAAGUAAACCACAAAUUUCCUUGAUCUAUGUUGAAGAAGUAGAAAUAUCCUUUUUCCUUCCUUGAGAUUCUCUACCCAUAAGCAAGUCACUACUUUUUUGCAAUCCUUUUGCUCUCUCCUCCCAUAAAAUUUAGAUUAUGUAAUGGAAGUUCCACACUCAAAAUGUGAUAAUUUAUGGGCCCACAGCCCAGAGGAUUCAGAGGAGACAAUGAAAUUCCUAAAUGUGUGCAAAUUAUUCCAGAAUGGGAAAUGACUCUUCCUGUGUAGCAGAAAUUAUUUAUGUAACACUACCUUGGGAGAAUGUUAAUGGUAGAGCAUUAAAUUACACCGUUUAAAACAAGGCACUUCUACAGGGUUUUAUAUCUUCUUUCCUAAUUUGGAAAGACAGCAUUUGUACACACAAAAGAGCAAGUUUUACUAUUUUACUGUUAAGUGGUUAGGUCAGGUUUCAGAAAGACUGUCUGACGCAUUAAAUACCUGCCAAUUGUGUGGAAGGAAAGCUCCAGUUAAACCAUGACAGAGUGGUGGAUCCAUCACUCUUAAAGUAAGCAAAGUAACCAGCAAAUUCCAAUACCAAAAAAGUGCCAAAAGAGGUCAUAAUGCCUACUGAAGGGAGAAAAACUUUACCUCAAAUUCACAUGCUCUUAGUAAUUUUCCCAGAUGGUAUCAUAAAACUGCAAUCAUGACCUAAGUAAUCUAAGUUAUUUCAGCAUGUAAUUCUAUUAUUAUGUUCCCAUCCACAUCUGGAUAGUUCAUUUGUAAAAGGCAAUUUCAGUUGAAAAAAGAACUCAAAAAGUUCAACUAGGUCUAGUGGAACUAAUCUGUAUAUAAACAAGGAUCUUUUUUUUUUUUUUUUUUUAAAGUAUGGAAGAACAUAAAGAUUUCACCUGUACUUACAGCAUUAAAACAGUAGUUCAGUUUGAACUGGUAGCCACAAAUUUACUUCUCUUGGCUCUGUCACAAAAUCCAUAAGAAUUUAAUGCCUUCAGGGUUAGAUUAGAUACAUGUUAGUGGCAAAAUGCCAGUUACCAUUUUAGUGGGGCUUUUGCCUUUCAACCCUUUGCCCUAGUGACCAGACGACAUUUUUCUUAGAGUUUCCUGUAGCAUAUUUCUGCUAUUUUAUUUAUGUAUUUAUUUUUAAAAGUUUUUUUUUUUUUUUUUUGGCUGCCCCAUGGUAUGGAGUUUCCAGGUGAGGGAUCAGAUCCAGUUGCACGCUACACCACAGCUGGGGCAAAGCAGGAUCCUAAACCUAUUGUUCUGGGCCCAAUAUCGAACCGGUGUCCCAUCGCUCCAGAGAUGCCACUGAUCCUGUUGCACCAGGGCCGAACUUCAACUUUUACUAUUUAAAAAUUUCCAAAAAGGAGUUCCUGUUAUGGCUCAGUGGUAAUGAACCCAACUAGUAUACAUGAAGACUGGGGUUCAGUCCCUGGCUUUACUCAGUGGGUUAAGGAUCUGGCUUUGCUGUUAGCUGUGAUGUAGGUUGAAGACAUGGCUCGGAUCUGGCGUUGCUGUGGCUGUGUGUAGGCCAGCACCUGUAGCUCCAAUUCGACCCCUAGCCUGGGAGCUUCCAUAUGCCAUGGGUGUGACCUAAGAAAAAAAGAAAAAAAAAAAAAAAAAAGAAAAUCCAAACAUGUGAAAACAUACGCCAGGGAUCAGAGUAUCAGCCUGGGAUUAAUGGACCAGCCAGUCAGAAACUACUUGAGUGAAUCAGAUGGGGUUCUACUCAUCUCUAAAGGAUUCCAAAGGAAGCUCACAUUCCCAGCAGGAAGGUGAGCAACACACUUUUAGCACAGGCAAGGGUACAAGCUUCUGGAUCUAAAACUCUCACAAGGACACACAAUUACAUAAGAUAAUGCCCAUAGAGGAAGGCAGAUCUUUUUUUUUUUUUUUUUUUUUUCCAACUAAGUGAUCAUUCUUCAGCUCUCAACUGUUCUUUGGGUAAAAAGCCAAAGUAGGGCAUCUUGGUACAAUUCUCCACUGGGUGGCUGUUUAUCUUCUGCCACUGUUUCCUACUAUCUCCAUCAGAGUCCUUGCCCCAGAGGUCAUACGGUAUCUUGCUUAAUCCUGAAAUUAAUAAAUCUGUGCAGAUGGGAGGAUUGUUGGAAUAGAUCCAGAUUAGGAGACAUGCAGAAUGGGUGCAGCCUGGACUGGCCUGGAGGAGGAAUGAGAUUCCACAAAGUCUGACAUCAUUUGCAAGUGAACAUGUCUGGUGGUAUUUUGCAGUCUGGAAGCAUGCAUUUCUGCUUUCCAUAAAGAAUGCGUUCCAAAAGCAGUGACAUGGAGGGCUCAGCCCGAAAGCAACUUCCAAGACAGAGUAAAGACGACAGUUUCCAAGGACCUGAGGACAUGAAGCAGAGACACAGAGACAAAGAGCCCACCAGUGAGUCAGAUGCAAUCCUUCCAUAUCCUAAGUCACACAGUGGUAACAGCCACCAAGGAGAAGACCUCUCAAGAGAUGACUUAUUAUUUCUUCUCAGCAUUCUGGAGGGAGAACUGCAGGCUCGAGAUGAAGUCAUAGGAAUUUUAAAGGCUGAAAAAAUGGACUUGGCUUUGCUGGAAGCUCAGUAUGGGUUUGUCACUCCAAAAAAGGUGCUAGAAGCUCUUCAGCGAGAUGCUUUUCAAGCAAAAGCUGACCCUUGGCAGGAGGACAUCUAUGAGAAACCAAUGAAUGAGCUGGACAAAGUUGUGGAAAAACAUAAAGAAUCUCACAGACGAAUCCUGGGACAGCUUUUAAUGGUGGAAAAAUCUCACAGGCAAACCAUAUUAGAGUUGGAGGAAGAAAAGAGAAAACAUAAAGAAUACAUGGAGAAGAAUGAUGAAUUCAUAAGCUUGCUAGAACAGGAAUGUGUAAGAUUGAAAAGGUUGAUUGACCAAGAAACUGAGUCCCAGGAGAAGAAGGAACAAGAAAAAGAGAAGAAGGUCACUGCCCUGAAAGAGGAGUUGACCAAACUGAAGUCUUUUGCUUUGAUGGUGGUGGAUGAACAACAAAGGCUGACAGCACAGCUUGCCCUUCAAAGGCAGAAAAUUCAAGACCUAACCACAAGUGCAAAGGAAACACAUGCUAAACUAGCCCUUGCUGAAGCCAGAGUUCAGGAAGAAGAGCAGAAGGCAACCAGACUAGAGAACGAACUGCAAACGCAAACCACAAAAUUUCACCAGAACCAAGAAACAAUUAUGGCAAAGCUCACCAAUGAGGAUGGCCAAAAUCGCCAGCUUCGACAAAAGCUGGCAGCUCUUAGCCGGCAAAUUGAUGAGUUAGAAGAGACAAACAGGUCUUUACGAAAAGCAGAAGAGGAGCUGCAAGAUAUAAAAGAAAAAGUCAACAAGGGAGAAUAUGGAAACUCCAGUGUCAUGGCUGAGGUGGAGGAGCUCAGGAAACGUGUCCUAGAGAUGGAAGGGAAAGAUGAAGAACUCAUAAAAAUGGAGGAACAGUGCAGAGAUCUCAAUAAGAGGCUGGAAAAGGAAACAACACAGAGUAAAGACUUUAAACUAGAGGUUGAGAAACUCAAUAAAAGAAUUAUGGCUCUGGAAAAAUUGGAAGAUGCUUUCAACAAAAGCAAACAAGAAUGUUAUUCUCUGAAAUGCAAUUUAGAAAAAGAAAGGAUGACUACAAAGCAGUUGUCUCAGGAACUGGAGAGUUUAAAGAUAAGGCUUAAAGAACUAGAAACCAUUGAAAGUCGUCUAGAAAAGACAGAGUUCACCCUAAAAGAAGAUUUAACUAAACUGAAAACAUUAACUGUGAUGUUGGUUGAUGAACGGAAAACAAUGAGUGAAAAACUAAAGCAAACAGAAGAUAAGUUACAAGCUGCUGCUUCUCAGCUUCAAGUGGAGCAAAGUAAAGUGACAACAGUUACUGAGAAGUUAAUUGAGGAAACAAAACGAGCACUGAAGUCCAAAACCGAUGUGGAAGAAAAAAUGUACAGUGUAACCAAAGAACGAGAUGAUCUAAAAAACAAACUGAAAGCAGAAGAGGAGAAAGGAAGUGAUCUCCUGUCCAAAGUUAACAUGUUGAAAAAUAGGCUUCAAUCAUUGGAAGCAAUUGAGAAAGACUUCCAAAAAACCAAAUUAAAUCAAGAUUCUAGUAAGUCCACAACAGUAUUACACCAAGAAAACAAUAAGAUUAAAGAGCUCUCUCAAGAAGUGGAAAGACUGAAACUGAAGCUAAAGGAUAUGAAAGCCAUUGAGGAUGACCUCAUGAAAACUGAAGAUGAAUAUGAAACUCUAGAACGAAGGUAUGCUAAUGAACGAGACAAAGCUCAGUUUUUAUCUGAAGAGUUGGAGCAUGUUAAAAUGGAACUUGCCAAGUACAAGUUAGCAGAAAAGACAGAGUCUAGCCAUGAACAAUGGCUUUUCAAAAGGCUUCAAGAAGAAGAAGCUAAAUCAGGGCACCUCUCAAAAGAAGUGGAUGCACUUAAAGAGAAAAUUCAUGAAUACAUGGCAACCGAGGACCUGAUAUGUCACCUCCAGGGAGAUCAUUCUCUUUUGCAAAAGAAACUCAAUCAACAAGAAAACAGGAACAGAGAUUUAGGAAGAGAGAUUGAAAACCUCACUAAAGAGUUAGAGCGAUACCGUCAUUUCAGUAAGAGCCUUCGGCCCAGUCUGAAUGGAAGAAGAAUAUCUGACCCUCAAGUAUUUUCUAAGGAAGUUCAAACAGAAGCAGUAGACAAUGAGCCACCUGAUUACAAGAGUCUCAUUCCUCUGGAACGAGCAGUCAUCAAUGGUCAGUUAUAUGAGGAGAGUGAGGACCAGGAAGAUGAUCCUAAUGAUGAGGAAUCUGUACUGUCCUUCAAAUGCAACUCAUCUACUCCCUGUCCUGUUAACAGGAAGCUAUGGAUUCCUUGGAUGAAGUCCAAGGAGGGCCAUCCUCAGAAUGGAAAAAUACAAACUAAACCCAAUGGCAACUUCGUGCAACCUGGGGAUCUAGUACUAAGCCACACACCUGGGCAGCCACUUCAUAUAAAGGUUACCCCAGACCACGUCCAGAACACAGCCACUCUUGAAAUAACAAGUCCGACCACAGAGAGUCCUCACUCUUACACAAGCACUGCAGUGAUACCAAACUGUGGCACCCCAAAGCAAAGGAUAACCAUCCUCCAAAAUGCUUCCAUAACACCAGUGAAAUCCAAAACCUCUGCUGAAGGCCUUAUGAAUUUAGAGCAAGGCAUGUCCCCGGUUACCAUGGCAGCCUUUGCCAGGGCACAGACACCAGAGUCUUGUGGUUCCAUAACUCCAGAAAGAACAAUGUCACCUAUUCAAGUUUUGGCUGUUACUGGUUCAGUUAGCUCCCCUGAGCAGGGGCGCUCUCCAGAGCCAAUAGAAAUCAGUGCCAAGCACGCGAUUUUCAGAGUCUCCCCUGACCGGCAGUCAUCAUGGCAGUUUCAGCGUUCAAAUAGUAACAGUUCAAGUGUGAUAACUACUGAGGAUAAUAAAAUCCACAUUCACUUAGGAAGUCCUUACAUGCAAGCUGUAGCCAGCCCCGUGAGACCUGCUAGCCCUUCAACACCACUGCAGGAUAACCGAACUCAAGGCUUAACUAAUGGGGCACUAAACAAAACAACCAAUAAAGUCACCAGCAGUAUUACUAUCACACCAACAGCUACACCUCUUCCUCGACAAUCACAAAUUACAAUCAAGGAGGCAUGCAAACAGAGAACCCCAACACGGAUCCCUAAGCCAAAAUCUACAGGCAUCACUAAGCUUUCCCCUAAGGUUCUUCAAAGGCCUAUGGAUAAGACUAUUCACCAUACUGGCUGUGGGAAACUACACAUCAUAAGGACUGUCACUUCUAAUACUUUCCUCCACAUGGGAGGGAAAAGGUAAGUCAUGCCAAUGCACUGCCAGGAUACACUCACCUACAGAAAUAUCUGGAAAGCUGGAAUUACCAGUGCGGAAGGAUAAAGAGGAAGGGCUAUCUCUCCAGGAAAUGAUGAAGCAGCAAACAGACAAAUGGUUCACUCACAGGUUCCUGGACCUGGUGAAUAUCAUCCUGAAAGACUAGCACAUCUACAAUUAUUUUACCUAUAUAUGUAUAUGCUUAUAUAUACCAUCACCGGCCCAGACAUAUACUCCAAAUCCUCCCAAUUCCACAUCCUCCUUGUAAUCCAACCCAAGGCUGGACUACCUACCAUUAGCCUGGGAUAGGACUGAAUUCAUUAGAUAGUUUUCUGGUAAACCUAGAAGUAAUUCUUCAUUUUAUAGAACUUUGCCAAGAAGAUAUAAUAGCAAGAAUUCCUAAUCUGCUUCAAGAAAGAUGACUCUCGUCAAAAUUGAAGGACGAUUAAAAUCAUAUGUUAAGAUCUAAAAAUAUGACUUCUUUAUGGACAGGGGUGAGGGGGAGAUUGGUAUCUUAGUUAUAAGUAGAAAAGAAACAACAAGAGUGAGUAAUAGCUAAACACAUCCUUUGCAUGGCCUACCUGAUAAUCGCUGGUGCAAGUUUGGCUGCUGGCACUCAGUCUUCUGUCCCAUUUUUCCUAGGAGGUUGCCCCUCCUGUAUCUACUAGCAAUGGAAUCUCAUUGCUAGGCUUGUAAAACAAACCAUAUUAGAUUGAUAUUGCUGCUUUUCUAUAGUAAUCAGGACACUUGAGAAUCAAAGGUCACUAAUAAUGAAAUCUUUGAGAUUUCAUUAUGAGAUCACUGUCUUGAAUUUUUAAAAAAAGACAAUAAUUAUCACCUCAUACAGCAUUCUUUAAUCAUAUCUCUUCCCUGAAUCAAUGCUACAGAAAAAUCAGUUGAUUCAACAAAAGCUUGGGAUCAGGAAACUCAAAUUCUAAUCCAAGCUUUUCACUCAUUUGACAUUGAGCAUUAGUCUAUGCCUUGAGUUUCUAGUAUGCAAAACCGAAGAGCUAAAUAAUUCUUCAGGUCCCUUCCAGUCCUGAUAAUCCAUGAGUAUGUCCAACAGAAAAAAACUGAAUUCAGUCAUCUCCAAGGUGGAGUUUAGUCCCCUGGCAGUAAGCUAAAGCAGUUCUUUUCAUCACACUAAAAACUCACUGAAUCAAGAGAAAGCUGUGUCUGUAAUCUAGUGUAGACAGAGUAACACAAUGACAUUUUAAGAUACGGUAUUUUUGACAUAAGAGACAGUUAUAUCUCACAAAGAUUCAGCGAGGGAAAAAAAAAAAAGUCUACAAAGAGCAUGACUCAAUGUUUUCUGUGAUUUUGCACCAAGAACUGGAGGCAAAAUCCUAGAGGAAAUGCUCCUCGCUAGGGACAGUGCUUUAGCUGGCUGUCCUGGGAUGGAGUCAGCAGGGCAGGAACAAGGGAACUGCCAUUCUCCACAUUCAUCCAGGCAAACUAGCUUCAAUGCACUGAUGCCACUAUACAAAUGUCCCUGGGACCCACUUCAAUGUCAAGGAGGAGAAGAAGGAACUGGGAAUCUGGGUAGUAUUGAGCUAUCAAUGCAAACCAAAGAGAGGAAUGAUGUGCAGCAGUCUCAGCAGAUAAGUGGAAGAGGGAGAAUGUAGGAAGACUGGGUGAAAUAAAAACCCAAAGUGGGAGUUCCCCUUGUGGCUCAGCAGAUUAAAGACCUGAUGUUGUCUCCAUGAGGAUGUGGGUUUGAUUCCCGGCCUCAGUCAGUGGGUUAAGGACUCGGUGUUACCGUAAGUUUAAGUCACAGAUGUGGCUUAGAUCUGGUGUUGGCAUGGCUGUGGUGUAGGCCUCAGCUGCAGCUCCAAUUUGACCCCUAGCAUGGGAACUUCCAUAUGCUUCAGAUGCAGCAAUAAACAGAAAAACAAAAACAAAAACAAAAAACCCCAAAGUGGAAAAGUCUAAGUUAAAGGAAAGCAGUAAGAGAAUAAUGGAAAGAGCAGACUACAAAAGAAGAUGAUCAGAAGUUCCCAUUGUGGUGCAGCAGAAAUGAAUCCAAUUAGUAUCCGUGAGGAUGCAGGUUUGAUCCCUGGCCCUACUCAGUGGUUUGGGGAUCCGGCAUUGCCAUGAGCUGUCGGAUCACAUACUGCUGUGCUGUCGUUAUGGCACAGGGCAGCAGCUACAGCUCCGAUUCGCCCCCUAGCCUGGGAACUUCCAUAUGCCGUGGGUUUCACCCUAAAAAGAAAAAGAAAAGAAGAUGAUGAUGCUCUGACACAAAAAUAACACAAGAGAGACAGUUCAGAGGGAAAUACAGGGCAGUAGGACAGUAACCGGUGGAUGGUGCAGUGGGAAAAUGUGUAAGGUGCUUAGGGCUGUGCCUGAUAUUAGCAGGUAAUCUUAAGUGAACAGAGAAUGAGGGAGAGAAGGGCCAUUCAGUCAAGACAUAAGUGAGAAAAUGUGCUAAGAGACAGCAAUGGUAUAUGAUAGGAUAAGGAAAAGCAUUCAUGCUGGGUAACACUUAACACUGAUAAUUAUGCUGAUGAAAAGAAAAAACACUGAUAAUUAUGCUGAUGAAAAGAAAAAACACUGAACCACCUGGGGUGGAAACCAAACAGACUGAAAAAAUCAUGAAACAAAAGAGGAAAAACAGGCACCAGCAAUACUCCAAGAAAAACACAAAGCCCUGGAAAUGUUUUACCUUGAAGAUAAGCACAAAAUAUGUUGCAUGUUUUCAAAAUUGCUUUCUCCUAUGUUAGGAGACUUCCUAAAGUACAUUUUCAUGCCAAGCCAGCACAAGUUCAAGAGUAAGCAAGAUAAGAGGGACAAGAUACUGUACAAAGAACUAAAAAAAAAAAGUAUAGGAAAAUAGCAACACUUCUAUGGCAAGGAGCAGAAACCCAUCUUUAAAUGGUAAUACAGUUCUAAUUCCACUAAGACAAAAGCCUUUAACAAAAUCUAGUCUAACAAAAGGAUUACUAACCAAAAAUCAUGCUUAUUUUAAAUCAAUAUAUUAUACCAUUAAAAAUACAUAAACAAUUUAGAAUUGGAAAUAAUAUUUUAAGUUUAGAAAAAUGCUGUUUGACCUAUAUAACACAACCAAAACAUAAAGAAUUUGCUUCCUAAGCAUAACCCUGCUUCUGCAGAAAUGUGGUCCCUCCGAAGAACGAGAAGAAUAAAAGAAGCUAUCCUAAUAAUUCUAGUGAUUUCAUUCAGUUAAUUUUUAAAAGGAAACAGAUAAAAAUCUAAGUGAAUAAAAACACAUUCAAACUGUAACAAAAACUUUAAUAACCUGAUACUUGUAUGGUAUGCUGGAGUCUUUCCUCAUUCCUUUAUUAGCUUCAAUGACUUCUGAACUAAUCUUUUAGCUUUUUAGAAUAAAGUAUCUGAUUUCAGGAUGAAUGGGCUGAUCUAAUAUAUGAUAAUUAUGGACGAGUAAUGAAGUAGUUGAUAUAAUAGAGUAAUUCUCUCAGGGGUGUUUUUCAAAUUCCUGCUUUUGAGGACAUGGGACAUAACACUUGAGGUCUGACACUGAGUCUGGCCCAGUCUUUCUGUAUGUCCUGGAAGUUAAGAAUGGUUUUACAUUUUUAAAUAGAAAAAAAAGCCAAAAGAAUAUUUUGUGAAAUAUGAAUAUUACAUGAAAAUUCAAAUUUCAUUAUCUAUAUAAGUUCUAUUGGAACACAGCCACACUCAUUUGCUUACAUAUUUAUUAUGUGAUUGUUUUUAUGCAAUAACAGCAGAGCUGAGUGAAUAGUUGUGACACAGACUAGCCAACAUAGCCUAAAAUAUUUACUAUCUGGCUUUUCACAAAUAAGUUUCCUGACCUCUGGCCUACUGUGAACUAGACUGAUAACAAGGAACUCAAGAAUAAGAACUUAAGAAGAGCUUAAUUAACUGAUUUUUAAAAGCAAUGUAAGAAUGCAGUUAAGAAUUCUAUGAAAGCUGAUGAAAAUGGGGAAACUAUAUUUCGAGCUGUUUGUUGAUAUAUUUAGUAAAAUGUAUAUAAUUCUAUGAAUGCACUAGUGUUCAACUAAAGAACGUCAGAUAAAAACAGGUCAAAGGAUUUAUUUGUGCCACAAUAUAAUGUAGUGUAUAACUGUUGAAUCUGAGUAGGGGAAAUGGAAGUAUUUCUAUGCCUUACAAAUUCCUGGCAUUUUUCAAGACAUGUUAUUUGGAGAAAGAGGUGUAAAUGUGUCCUUUAUACAUUCAUAAUUGCUGUCAAGAACCACUUGUUUAAUCAUUUGCAAGAAUCAUAGAAAUUGUAUAAAGCAAAACUUAGGCCUUUUGUUACACAGCCUUCAAGUAGAGAACAAAAAUGUUGUGUACACUUUCUCUUCUUUCCUUCCUCUCAUCUUUUAAAAUUUAUCCUAACUUUGUUUUUUGCUUUUGAACAUCUGUCUUGAGAUAAUAUUACUUCCAUUUUGAAUGAACCACAUCAAUGUAUACACCCUUUAAUGUAAGCAGAUUAUGUUUUCCCUCUAAUUUCACUACAGGGCCUGAAAUAGGGCCAAGCAUGAGACCUCAAUAAAUGAUUUUGAAAAUGACAUGCUCUGAAGUUGACCUCUUGUUGUAUGUUAUAAACAUCUACUGUAAAUAUUCCAAGUUAAAUUUUAUAUGUAGAGGCAACGAUUUACAACAUCUACUAUACAUGGCUGCCUAUAGGUAAAAUUAGUGCUAUAGACUAUUCUCAAAGUCCA